AUGGACGAGCAUACAGGCGCCUCAAUAGCCAACCGCGACGAGCCCAUCCCCGUCAUCCAGAUCCCAUUUAAUACCGAUGAUACAGCGCCGCCCGAGACGGAACAGCAAAAACUAGGAAGGAGAGCGAGGAUCAAGCAGGAGGCAGAAAGAUUGAAGGGUAAACUGCAUGAUGUCUCGACACAGUACAAGACUACACAGGGUAGCGUGCAGGAGAGACUGUUCAACACGCUGCUGGAACAAGUCUUCCCUCAAGAAGCCGACGAAGAUGGCACUCCCAAGAAGGACCGCCGCUCAAGGGAAUACGUCGACAAACCUCAGUUCAGUCUGCCUGUCAUGUCGGCCAACUUUCGUCGCUUCAACGCAAGAAUCGGAAUCGUAUUUGUCUUUCAGAAUCAAAUGAUACGCUUGUUCACCUGGCGUGUACCCACACAUACCAUGUCUUUUCUGGCUGUCUAUACUCUCGUGUGUCUACAGCCUGCAUUGGCUCCUGUCGUCCCCUUAGCAGCUCUGUUGUUCUUUGUCAUGAUACCCUCCUUUCUCACGCGCCAUCCUCCACCUCCCGUGGCGAACCCAUCCUCCUCGGUUGAUGCAGCCGCCGCCGAGCAAUACGCAGCUUACGGCUACUCAGGUCCGGCAGUAGCCCCUCCUCAGCGCGUCAAGCCUGCUCCGGAAAUGAGUAAGGAUUUCUUCCGGAAUAUGCGCGAUCUUCAAAACUGCAUGGAAGACUUUAGCCGCGUCCACGAUGGUGCCAUCGCCAUCAUCACUCCUUAUACUGAUUUCAGCAACGAGCGCUUGUCCUCUGCUGUUUUCCUUGGUCUGACUGCCCUCGUGAGCAUCGCUUUCCUGGCUGCACACCUCGUACCCUGGCGUGCAAUUUUGCUAGUAGCCGGCUGGUCCGCUACAGCAGCAGGCCACCCACGCGCCCAAGAAAUCCUCAUCAACACAGCUUCUCUAGCUCAACUCCAACUCAUCUACGACCGCAUCUGUGUCGCCGGCGCGGAAUGGGUAGAAUCAGACAUUGUCCUCGACGAACCCGCUCAAGUCCGCGAAGUCGAGAUUUUCGAAUUGCAAAGACUGCAGAAACAUACUUUGGGUGGUGAGGCAGGCGCUGUGCUGGAGGGAGAAUGGGAACCUUGGUUGUUUACCCCUCAACCCUAUGCACCUACUUCUCCAUCCAGGAUUGCUGGGGCUCGUCCUGUAGGCACACAGUUUUUCGAAGACGUACAACCACCAGCUGGCUGGCUCUGGCGCGACANNAAAUGGACACUGGACUUGGGGUCCAGGGAAUGGGUGGAAGAACGUUGCGUCUCUGCUGUGGAGAUAGAAACAGAAGGCGAACGCUGGGUCUACGAUCUCGACGUCCCAGAUUCAAAAACCAAACCUUCCACUCUUUCCCCACCAAAGAGUUGGGAAGAAGGACCUACGGUAUCGACAAAGGGCGAAUGGAGACGCAGACGUUGGGUUCGUCUUGUAGAGCGCAAGAUCGUAAAGGUCAGUCCUGAAGAUUGA